GUAGCAUGGGGAUAUAAACCAUCCAGGGGUGAAAGAGACAUGCAGAGAAGGUGGGGUGGAGGAAUUAAGACGGGGUGAUAAAAAGGAUGGAGAGGAAGCAUAAACGGUUAGUUCAAUUCUAGGACUUCACCUGCUUUUUGGUUAGGAGCUGAUAAAUAGUAUUUAAUAGAAAGAGGAUGGACGACAGCUGGGAUACACACAGGAUGGAUGAGGAGGGGAAGAUGGUUUCCUCGGACAGCGCGUACAUGUCAUCCACAGAGGACGGACAGACGCCCACGCCCAUCACCUACCCUUAUAAUGAAGAACUAACACACAAGACCAUCCUGGUGGGGGACAGCGGAGUGGGCAAGACCUCCCUGCUGGUUCAGUUUGACCAGGGCAAGUUCAUCGCAGGGUCCUUCACCUCCACCGUGGGCAUCGGCUUCACGCGGUCCGUCCGUCCACCUGUCACCUGUGUGUAUUGGGGGGUUGAUCCUCGCGAUCGAGCACCACCACCUGUGGCAGAUGACACAGCCGUCAGCGCGUCUGACCCCCGCGGCUCCAAUGUCAGCGUGAAAGACACACCACCGUCCGCGGAGCCGCCGUCGACGUCCUCGCAUAGCUGUUCACUUAAUGAUCUGCCCACGCCACGAUGCACCGCUACCCUCUGA